AUGCCAGAGUGUAGACAUUUAGAGUGGUUAGCUGCGCUAAAACUGAAACAUCCACCGAAAAAGGUGUACGUCUGCUCGCAUCAUUUUGUUGACAAACGCCCCACGGAUGACCAUCCCAACCCGGAAUUAUACCUUGGAUAUGACAGACCAGUGGUGAAGAAGAGACGUGCAAUUGUUCGUGUCGAAGCGACAGCAACAGCAGAAGUGACAGACCAGGAGGAUGAGGGCAUACCUGAAGUGCCACAAGUAUCAUACAGCACUAUUUCCACCCAGUGGGAAGAUCCAUUGCUUUGGGACCACAACUAUGGUGAACAGCAGGGUGCUGAUGAGACAGCCAAAGAUGCCACAACACAAACUGAAGAUUUCAGCUACUCCAUGCUUCAGAGUGAUGCCGAUUCAUUCCUCUACACUGGAGUCUCACUGGAAACCUUCAACUCUCUUGUUUCCACCUUAGAUGGAUUUGCUGAAAGGGCUUUUGUUUUGUCAGUGCGUGAUCAGAUACUAAUGACACUGAUAAAAUUGAAAUUAAAUCGUGUGCUGGGUGACCUUGGUAGGCAGUUUCAUGUGUCUCAGAGUGUUGCCAGUAAGGUUAUCUCCUUCUGGAUUGAUAAAAUGGAGGAGGUCUUGCGCCCUCUUAUUAUCUGGCUCCCAAAAGAAACCAUUAAGGCCACUAUGCCAACUGCAUUCAAGAAGUUUUUUCCCAACACUACCUGUGUCAUUGACUGCAGCGAAAGUUUAUUACAGAAGGCGAAAAAUCUUGACUCUAGAGGGGAGUCCUACAGCCAUUACUACUCGCACAACACAAUCAAAUACCUUGUUGCUGUUGCCCCAUGUGGCUUAAUCAUGUUUAUCUCAACUGGAUAUGGAGGACGUGCCAGUGACAAAUAUAUCACUAUGAACUCUGGUAUCUUGGACUAUUUAAAGCCUGGAGACGAAGUCAUGGCAGAUCGUGGGUUCUUGGUUCGUGAUUUGCUGUUUGAAAAAAGGGUCAAAUUGGUUCUGCCUGCUUUCACUAGAGGGGGUGCCCAGCUAACUGAGGAACAAGUCACAGCAUCUCGCAGGAUUGCAAAUGUUCGGAUUCAUGUUGAGAGAGCAAUCAGACGACUUAAAGUAUACAAGAUCUUGUCUCAAGUAAUACCAAUAAACAUGACCCCCAAAAUUGAAAAAAUCCUCAGAAUCUGUGCGGCCCUCGCAAACUUAAGGGGUGAUCUCAUCUGUGAGUAA